AUGAAUGCCGUAGUCCGACUAAUUGUAAUACCGAAUUCUCCGGAGGGCAGUAUGCUUGGGAAUGUGCUAGCACGAAAGCGAGGCCGCAGAAAGAAGAGGAAUUCUCUGACACCUCAGAUUGAACAUUAUGCUUCUCCGUGUAAACAAGAAGCACACCCGUCUGACGAUGAAGAAGAGAAGGGUGCCUUACGUGAUGCUAUAUAUAAUAUGACGAACGAAACCUUAGUCGAAAUUUAUAUGGACGAGAAGAAGGGGCGUGGCAUCAGAGCAGGCAAAUCUUUCGUGAAAAACGAGUUUGUCAUUGAAUACAAAG